AUGUUUCGGGUGCACGGUAUGUUAGUGUACCGCCACAAGCAUUCGCGUCUGUUUUGCCACGUGGAAAGGCGAGACCGAAAUCGGCGAUUUUGAGGGUGAUUUGAUCGCGUGAAACACCGUGACAUUUGGAGCAUAGUUGAUAGGUUUUUUCGGAAAAUGUGUGCGAUUUGUAGGUUGUUGAGUGACAUGUGCAAACGUGCUCUUUUAUUAGAACUGCAAAAAAGUGGGUUACUGUAGUUGAAAAUUUUGAUCUGCAGUAAUCUGAGUACUGUAUCGAGAAAAGACAUCCAACUGCAAAAAUAUAUGGAAAUUUUGAAACAGCGAAUUUUCUGGAAUCUAAAAAUUGAAUUUUGAGACUACAGUACCUCUGUAGUACUGUAUUCAUAUUUCAGAGGUACUAUAGAACAUGUUGAUCUACAGUAAUCUAAUAGUAAUCUUGGAUUACUGUAGUUUUUAGAAGCACAAAAACUCAAAUCAAACUCAAAAUUCCCACACAAAAAUAUAUGAACAUUUUGAAACAGUGAAUUUUCUGGAACCAAAAAAAUUGAAUUUCUAUUUUUUUUUCUCAGACUACUGUACUUCAGAAGUACUGUAGAAAAUUUUGAUUUACAGUAAUCCAAUAGUAUUCCUGGAGUACUGUAGUUUUUGGUAACUUCAUUCGAACUAUAAUCAAAUUCACAAUUCCCACACAAAAAUAUGAGAAAAUUUUGAAACAGUUAAUUUUUUGAAAUCUUAAAAAUUUAAUUUUCAGACUACAGUACCUCUGAAGUACUGUAGACGUUUUUUCUGGAUAAAAAUUUCUACAUUAUACCUGGAUUACUGUAGCCCUAUCAUGUUUGGUAUCAUCAUAACCGCAAUUAAAUACAGUACCCUCUAAAAACCCGGAUUACUGUAGCCCAACGUAUACAGCACCCCCAAUUAUGUUUGGUAUUAUCAACGUCAAAGUGGCUGGCACCGAAAUGAGAAAAUAAAUUCAAAAACCCGUUUUCGCGGGGAUACCGUACACACAAGCACGCCCCUCUUUUCGCUGCGAGAUAUCGCAGUUGGGUAAAUCGGUGCGCCUUUAUUUCAAUCGAUUUUUUGUUUUUUACGCAAAACCGGCGUUUAACUUGGAAACGUCGAGUAUUACUAGCUAUUUAUCGAUGAUUUAGGCAGCAUACGACAUCUGGAGAAAGAAGGUAAGACUUUUCAGUCGAAUUUCCAUUGAAAAAUCAUGAUUUUCAGGAUUUCCGCCAAAAUCAACCAGAUCUUCGCCAAUUUCGCCGAAAAUCAACCGGAUUCCACCGAACACAUGCCGAAGUUCAUUGGCAUGCUUAGCAACAGCUGCAAUAGUUUCAACUUCCUCAAACCAUCAUCAAAAAUCGAGGAAAACAAUAAAAUUCGAAGAUAA